AUGAAUUAUAAAUUAACAGAGCCUCUUUAAGGUCAAGAUCAACAACCUGAUAUAGUUGGUGAAUUCAUAACUCCAAAAGGCAAAAGAAGAGUUUUGCAUGGAUUUUCUAAUUAAAUAAUUGUUGCUAACAAGAACAAAUUCAUUUCUUUAUCAUUUGAAACCAAAUUUUAGUUAUUAAGAGAAUCAUGCGAGGAGAAGUUUAAAGUCGGAAAACCACUAGGAUUAUUGAUUGAAAGGGAAAAUGUCGAGCAUAAGAUAAAAUUAUUUUCAGAUGAUACUUAACUUCUAAAAAGAUGGAGAGAUUAUUUAGCAAGACAUAUAAAUUAAAGAGCAUUUCAUGAAAGUUUUAAGGCUCAUCGAAAGAUUGGGAAGGGUAAUUUUGCCUCAGUGUAUUUGGCUGAUCGUUUGGAGGAUGAAAGAAGUUUUGCAAUUAAAGCAUUUUCAAAAGAAGUAGCCUAUGGUUAGGAUAAAGGAAAAAUGUCUAUUUUGAAUGAAAUAUAAGUCAUGAGAAAAUUUGAUAGUCAUGCCUUAAUAAAACUACAUGAAGUUUAUGAAACUGAAAAUUCUUUAUACAUGGUACUUGAUUUACUGGAAGGAGGAUCUUUGUAUGAUAAGGUAAAGAAUAGGCCAUAGUUUAAUUCAUUCGAAAUUGAAUUGCUUAUGUUUACGUUAUUAGAAGGAUUAUAACACAUGCAUUCAAAACAUAUAAUGCAUAGAGAUUUAAAACCAGAGAAUAUUUUGUUUAGAAAACCAAACAAUAUAUAGUCUGUUUGUAUUGCCGAUUUUGGGUUGGCUUAAAAUGCAAAUGAAUUUCCAUAUUUGUUUAAUAGAUGCGGAACACCAGGAUUUGUAGCUCCAGAAGUUGUGAAUUGUAAGGAUGGAGGAAGAUAUGAUCCAAUAUGUGAUGUUUAUAGUUUAGGCUUAAUUUUCUACAUACUGUUAACUGGCAAACCUGCAUUUCCUGGAAAAAGCUAUAAUGAUGUAUUGGCAAAAAACAGAAAAUGCGAAAUAUUAUUCGAUGGGGCCUUAUUUGAGAAUGUUCCAUAACAAGCAUAUGAUUUAUUAAGAAAGAUGUUAGAAAAAGAGCCAAAUAAAAGAAUAACUGCUUAGUAGGCUCUUGGGCAUUCCUACUUUGGUCGAAGGUUGAAAUAGGUAGAUGAUAAUGAAGAGACGACAUUAAAAGUAUAAGAGGAGCAUUUAAAAUUUGAUAAAUAGAGAUUAACAUAGUUAAGCAAUUCACCACUUAAUUCUCCUUUGAUAGCUGCUUCAUCUAGAUUAAGGAAGGAUUAUUCAAAUGAUAGUUUAUAUUAAAACAGUCCUUUAUUAAAUGGACACACCGAUUAGAUAGAUUCUCCUUUAAAUAAUGGAUUUAAUAGCCCAUCUGCUUAGGGUAGAUAAUUGAAUAGGGCUGAUUAAUAAUAAUAAUAAAAGCCAUCUAGAUUUAGAGAUUUCGAUGGAAACAAUACUAAUGGCCAAGGAAGUAAUACAAAUUCUAAUUCCAAACCUUUUAGUCUAAAUUAAAAUCCUUUACAUAAAUACGCAAUAAGAAAUGAAAUGGUCAGGUAGUAAAAUAACUAAGAAUAGAAGCAUUGA